GCUGAGAACGAUGGCUCCGUUACCUACCUCGUUGGAUGGAAGAAGGGCGACCCAUUGGACCCUCAGAACUGGACCCGCGUCAAAAAAUGGUUCUGCACAGCAACGGUUUGUCUGAUCGCCUUGGCUGUCUCUAUCCCCGGUACCAUCGAUGCUCCCAUAUCCUCGGCCUUCAACGAGAAGUAUCAUGUCGGUGAUAUUGCCGGUACCAUGGUAACCGGUAGAAUACCCCUUUCCCACUAUUCAAGGGUUGAGACUAAAUGCCCACAGGAAUGUAUCUCAUUGGCGUGGGUGUGGGCUCCCUAUUCGCCGGACCUUUCUCGGAGACAUUUGGUCGCAACGCGGUCUACUUCAUUACUCUGAUUGUCUUCAUGCUGUUCAUCCUGGCUAAGGCUUUGGCUCCUAACUAUGGUGCCGCCAUUGUAUUCCGCUUCAUCCAGGGAUUCUUUGGUGCAGCGCCAUUGACGGUUGGAGGUGGUACCGUGGGUGAUAUCUGGGGACCUCUCGAAGUCACCUUCAGUUUGCCCUUUGUGACUAUGGCCUCGUACUCGGGUCCCAUCUUGGGUCCAAUCAUCGGCGCCUACAUCCCUGCUGACAAGUCAAGCUGGACCGACUGGAUCUCUCUCAUCAUUGCCGGUGUUGUGCUCGCCUUUGUUGCACUGUUCCAGCCCGAGACCUACGGUCCCACUUUGUUGUCAUGGCGGGCCAAGCACCUGCGAGCUGCCACCGGAGACUCCCGCUACCAAGUCGACGAGUCUGCCUCCACCAGCUCGCUGGGCAGUCGUCUCCUCGUCAAUGUGUACCGUCCCUUCCAGAUGACCAUCACGGAACCCAUCGUCCUGCUCUUCUCUUUCUACCUGAUCCUGCUGUACAUCGUCCUGUUCACCUUCCUGAACGGCUUCCCCUUCAUCUUCACGCAGACCUACGGCAUCUCCAACUCGCUGACCUUCAUCAUCUGGGUAGCCAUGCUGGCGGGUGAUGCCGUUGCCCUCUGUCUCAUUCCGGUGAUCUAUGGCUGGACCAAGAAGGCAGCGGUCAAGGCAGCGACCAACGGUACCGCUCUGCAGGCUGAGGUCUCUCUGUACUGGGCCAUGGUCGGAGGCUCGUUCCUGAUGCCGAUUUCGCUGUUCUGGAUGGGCUGGACCUGCUAUUCCGACAUCAGCAUCUGGUCCCCCAUCAUCGCGACCUUUGUCUUCGGUUACUCCCUGGUCACCAUCUUCACGGCGACCUACCUGUACAUCGUCUUCGUGUACACCGUCUACGCCGGUUCCGCGCUUGGCUUCAUGACCUUCAGCCGCUAUGUUAUCUCGGGUGCUUUGCAACCCGCCUCGAUCCCCAUGUACCAGCAUAUGACCCCCCACUGGGUGCUCACGCUGGUCGGUAUCCUGGCCACGAUCAUGGCGCCCAUGCCCUUUCUGUUGUACAAGUAUGGCCACCGUAUCCGUGCCAUGUCUAAGCACGUGCAGAACAAGGCUUAAGGAGAAUAUGCUGCCAUCGAAAUCAUUACUGCCCUGCAGUGAACUUAAUACCCCGACAGGGGCGCACACCCACCCCCCCAAGUUCGAAUACUUACUUGAUAUGAAGACGCGCAUAGAUU